AUGGCUUCCACCGCUAUGGAUUACGAGGCCGCCAACGGCGACCGCUACGAUGGUUCGUUCUUUCUCGAUACAGACCGCCCCCCAAAGCACGACGAGGCGCUGACAGACAAACGCGACACAGACGAGGCUCCUCGUUACGAGCGCGACAACCGCAGCGCCUCCCCUCGCCCUGCGCGUGAUGACGGAGACUCUGGACGUCGUCGCUCUGCUUCGCCCUCUGGCAACGGUGACCGCGACCGCGACCGUGGCGCCAAGGAUGAGACUGGCUCCCGCGGUGGCGACCGUGACGAUGACGGCGCUAUCAACCCUGGCUCCAACCUCUUCGUCACUGGCAUCCACCCCCGUUUGACCGAGCAGGAGGUCACUCGCAUGUUCGAGAAGUACGGUGAUGUUGAGAAGUGCCAGAUCAUGCGCGACCCCCACACCAAGGAGUCUCGUGGAUUUGGCUUCGUCAAGAUGGUCACUUCUGACCAGGCCGACGCCGCUAAGGAGGGUCUGCAGGGAGAGCAGAUUGAGGGACGCACCUUGAGCAUCGAGAAGGCUCGUCGUGCUCGCCCUCGCACUCCCACCCCUGGCAAAUACUUCGGCCCCCCCAAGCGUGCCGUGACCGUCCUCCUCGCGAUGCUCCCGCCGGAGGUGCGGCUUACGCUGACGCCCCUGCCCGCUCCGAGGGUCGCUCUCGCUAAUUUCUUAACGCUCUCUUCCGGAGUCGUCAAUACGCCCGGUUUGAUGGCGACUGACGGAUCAUCCCUUUCCUCUUUCCUAGUUCGAUCGAUUACGGCGGAUAUCCCAAAAUUUGCGUCUCAUGAAGUUCUUGUGCACUACAACUAG